UAGCCUGGCACAGCGACCGAGGGGGCUGGGGAAGCCUGCAGUGUCACUGUGGAAAGGAACUGAAAGAUUCUCCUGCUCAAGCCACCUCCAACUUUUCCUCAGUACUGAAGUCCAACCUGUUGAAUUUCCAUCGCAAGAGCCACAGAGGAAAGUGCCACGGGGACGUCAUUAGAUAGGUGGGCGAGUUUGGUGCAGACAGCGGUGCUUUAGCAGGUAAACUGGGGUCUAAGGUGCGCACUGAGCCGCCUAUGAUACCAACCACACGGAUGGAAAGAACUUUGAUGUUCAACCCUCACAGAGUUUUACAACGGAGGCUGAGAGUAGAGACAGAUUGGCAGUUUAUAUUAUAAUUCAACAGAGGUCAGAGGUGAAGAUCACACACACACCGAUAGCAGUUUGCCCCUUAUUGCAUCAGAGUCGCGACAAACAGCAGGCAGCCAAAAGGUAGAGUUUUAGGGAAAAGGUCAGGCAUCCUCAUGAAGAUGUCCAGAGAGGAGCAGAGCUUGUCAGACGUCGAGCUCAGUCCCAGCAUGUCGGACGACAGUCGCUCCCGAUCGCCUGAUCAUUCCUCUGGUGCCGGUGGGGAUGAGUCACCCCUCCACAGGCAGCAACUGUUGGCAGUUCUAGACAACGGGGCGAGGGGCCAUCCCUCCGGUAAAUCUGACGAUGAGGAUGAGCGCUUCCCAGCGGGUAUCCGUAAGGCGGUCAGUCAGGUGCUCAACUGCUACGACUGGACCCUCGUGCCCAUGCCCGUGCGUGUGAACAGCGGGACCAAGAGCAAGCCGCACGUCAAGAGACCGAUGAACGCCUUCAUGGUGUGGGCCCAGGCGGCGCGCAGGAAACUGGCAGACCAACACCCGCACCUGCACAACGCCGAGCUCAGCAAGACCCUGGGCAAGCUUUGGAGGCUUCUUAAUGAGAGUGAUAAGCGACCCUUCAUCGAGGAGGCAGAGAGGUUGAGAAAGCAACACAAGAAAGACUACCCUGACUACAAAUACCAGCCUCGACGCCGCAAGAACGGAAAGACUGGAAGUGACGCAGACGGCCAUUUGGAGGGUGAGAUCAGGCAUAGACAAUCCAUCUACAAGGGCCUCCAUCUGGAUGUGGUCCGCACUGGGGGAGCUGGGUCCCCUCUGGCAGAUGGGCAUCACCCCCCCGCUGCAAGUGGGCUGCCGGCUCCCUCGGCCCACCUCACGAGUCACAGCCACAGUCCUCCUACACCCCCAACCACACCCAAGACAGAACUUCAGUCUGGGAGGGCAGGGGAUGGAAAGAGGGAGGCUUUGGGGAAGGGGGUCUCCCGUGGCCCAAUGGGAGCAGAGGGCUGUUCAGGUGCCGCAGGGUCUGGAAAGCCUCACAUCGACUUUGGAAAUGUGGACAUCGGUGAGAUAAGCAACGACGUGAUGGCCACGAUGGAGCCUUUUGAUGUCAAUGAGUUUGACCAGUACCUUCCCCCUAAUGGCCAUCCAGGGAUCGGGCAGAGUGCCGGCUCAAGAGCAGCGACGCCCAUAACAUCUCAAUAUACCUACGGCAUCUCCUCAGCUAUGGCAGCGGCCAGUGGACACUCCGCAGCCUGGCUCUCCAAGCAGCAGCCGCAACAACAUCACGGCUCCCCUCUGAGCUCAGAUCUGUCCAAGACCCAGAUCAAGAGCGAGGCCGGAGGUCCGGGCGGUCACUUUUCAGAGGCAGCCACGGCCGGUUCCCACGUCACCUACACCCCUCUAAGCCUCCCUCAAUAUAGCGCUGCCUUCCCCUCACUGGCAGCCAGGGCUCAGUUUGCAGAGUAUGCCGACCAGCAGGCCUCAGGGUCCUACUACACUCACUCUAGCCAGGCAACAGGCUUAUACUCUGCCUUCUCCUACAUGGGGCCCACCCAGAGGCCCCUGUACACCGCAAUCACUGACCCAUCCGGUGUACCACAGUCACACAGCCCCACACACUGGGAGCAGCCUGUCUACACUACACUGUCGCGACCAUGACAGAUAACGAGACCAGAGAGCGCUGGUGCUGGUCCAGCCCCCAUGCGCGCCCUAAGAAGCAGCAGUGGUUUUGGGGAAAGCGGUCUGGGCCGAGGGGAGUGGGCUGGCACCGGGGGAGUCGGAUGGGGAGACAGGAGGGAAGAAACCCUGCACUGUUCUCACCCAGAUGCAGAAAUGCUGUCGCAGGUGAAGGCUGAGUUUGGAGCGUGGGGCUUUUGAAGCAUUUGUUGAUUAUUUGGUGCAUGCAGUCUAGUAGUGAAAGAUUAUUGUAUUGGCAGUACACUUAAGUUCCAGAUUAGAUUUGCAGCAGCUAAAUGUCUGCCGCUCCAAACAACACAUUUAGAUCAAGGAUUAUGUCCCUGUCAGGAUGAUGACUCGCUGCGUGGAUGUGAGGAGGUAGGAUCAGGUUAUCAUGGUUCACGCUAAUAAUUCACAAAUUCUAAAUCUACAAAGAAUUAAUAGGUAUUAAACCUUGACCAAUCAUUCAGUGUAAUUUUUCAUUUCAUGGAGGAGAGCUGUCUUUUGCUGGCGCGUUCAUAUCUCAGGCAGAAUUAACCUUAUAUCAAAGAGAUAUAUAUUAGUUAAUGUUCACUUUUGUUCAGCAAGUCAAUAUGCUAACACUGAUGGUAUUUUGGGCACAUUUGUUCCUGUUCUCUGUUCAUGUUUCUUUGCAUUUUGUGUGGUUUAUUUUAAUAAUGAACAUGCAUGUGUGAGGAGAGUUAGUUGCCAUUAAGUUUUUUGUCAGUUUGAAUUGAGAAGCAAAACUCUUAUUUGUUGUUCAUUACAUAUGAUAUAUUUGUAAAAUCACCAAAGUAUUAAUACCAAAACUGUAUAAAUAUGUAACAAAGAAACUGCCAUAAUAACAGUUUCUCCCAAUGUGACAUUCCAAGCUACCUGACGUAUUACCUAAAUAACGUAGAAUAGGUUAUUGCAAGUUUGAUACUUAAAAUGUAAUGAUGUCAAAAAAAGAUUUUUAUUUUACACAAACACUGAUGAAUGAUUUUAGUUAGUAUUUGACGGAGUCAUGAAGAGCUUUCAUGGCAAAAAAAAAAUGACACCCAAUUAUUUAUACUUUCUCAAUACUUCAUGAAAUAGAUUGCUCAGUUGUUUUCGUCAUUUUGUGUUUUAAUACUGUUCUGCCAUUUUUAUCUCCGCUGGAAGUCUGUUCCACUGUGAAAUGUGACAAGCUUGUGCACGAGUUCCGACAGAUGCCAAUUUUGACCAAACAUUACCACAUCCAGCGAUAGAAUGGCUUUCACAAAGAUGCAUUUUCACCGAGCUAAACAUUUAAGAGUCAUUGUGCCUUAUCCUUCAUUUUUGCUUUUUACACAUUACAUUCAAAAGUAACACAUUGUAUUCUGUAUUCAGCCACAUUUUUCUUUAAUAGCCCUCAUUAUCCUGUACCUUUAUUUUCACUUGUUCUACAUUUAAAAAGCAGUAAAACUUAUGGAAUGGCUUUGUUCCACAUAUAUAUCACAAUAUAGCACUCUAAAUACACUUUUCUUUUAUCCCAUUGCAUGCUGCCUUGCUCUUUUAGUCCUUUAAAAUUCUGCGUACAUCACCUUCCCUUUGUGUCAAACUAUACUCUUGUCUAUUCACACUUUUUAUGGAAAUGCUGUAAUCUUUUUCUGUACCUUUUACUGUCAUUGUAAUUUGAUGGUUGAUAUGUUCCAGUUGUGUGUGAUGGUUACUUGCAAAGCAACACAACUUUGAAACUACAGCAGAAGCAGAGGUUUAACCAUGUAAGGAUGAUUAUUUGCACUCAUUUGGAAUAAAACUUUGCUUUA